AUGUCGGAUAUGGAUAUUGAUUGGCCCAGUCCAGGCCAGGCCUCGGAUCUCCCAUCUGAUGAUGGAUAUGCGACGGAUAGCGGUGUUUCCUCUAUGGAAGAACAAAUGUCAACAUACACAAGGUCAAUGACUUCAUCCAUUGUCAACUAUCCUCUAGAGUAUGGACGACGAUAUCACGCUUAUAGGGCAGGUGUAUACGCCUUCCCAAAUGAUGAUCCCGAACUUGAUCGUAUGGAUAUGGCUCAUGGCCUCAUGUUCAAGUCGAUCGGUUACAAACUCUACUUGGCACCCUUGUUCAAAGAGAAUUUGCACAGAAUACUAGACAUCGGUACAGGGUCUGUGGAAAUGGGUGACAGAUUCCCAAACACCGAGAUCAUUGGUGUUGAUUUGAGCGCUGUUCAACCAUCAUGGGUACCUCACAAUGUAAAGUUUGAAAUCGACGACGUGGAAAGCCGGUGGGUGGGCAACAGAAUGUUCGACUACAUCUUUGUCCGAUACAUGCUGGUCUCCAUCCAAGACUGGCCUAAACUAGUCCAAAAUAUCUACGAGUACGUCCAUAUCCCAACCUGCGAAUCUAUCGGCCGCACCGCCCGUCCCGGUCCGCAACUCGAGGGCUGGGUUAACGAGGCCGGGUUCCGGAACGUGGUGCACAAGAGGUUCAAGGCGCCGAUUGGGUCAUGGCCCAAGGACCCUCACUUCAAGGACGUGGGUAUGCACAAUUUGUGUCAACUUCUUAAUGGGCUAGAGGGGUUUACUCUAAGGCUGUUUUGUGGGGUGUUGGGGCGGACGGAGGAGGAUGUUUUGGGCAUGUUGGAGGGUGUGAGGGAGGAGUUGAAGCGGGGGCUGUUCCACGCCAUGUUUGACCAGUGA